AUGCGGGCUAUUCCAUUAGGGAGAGACUCUAGUUGGCCCAGGUUACUGAUGGAAGGACCUUUAGAAAGAAAAUCUGGACAAACCAUGAUGUCUGCUGCACCUUCAGUAGGUGACCCUUGCAGAGGUCAACCCGUCUCUGUAAUUGUGCCAACCAGUAGGAGUCAGUCCUGUCUCCCGGCAAAGAAAAGACUGAUUAUACGUAACAAUAGGGAGAAUAGUGAUCCAGUUAGUGUUUGUCAAAAUAGUCAAAACAAUUUGUUCAAUGGUGCUUCUACAAUGAACUCGACAGGAAGUGAAACAAGCUCAUAUUCUAUCUCUAGUCCAUCUUAUUCAAUUACUGAAAUGACUCCAUUAAGUGACUCAAAUACUUUACAAGGAAUAUCAUCAUCAUCAUCACAGAUUCUUGGAAUUAAACCAUUAUCAGGGCAUUCAUCAUCAGACCACUGUGCAGUUAUCGGAGGAUCACAUGUUGCCCCAUUACCCAUAGUGCUUACAAGAUCUCCUAACGGGGAAAUCACACAGCAGCCACCUAUUGUUCAAGUCAUUUUCAUGAACAGUAACUGUGCAGCAACUUGCAAGGCAAGUAAUAUGCCAGGACUUUGUCCCAUUGCUCCGGCCCCUCUGACGAGACACACAACAGAACAAGAUAUAGAGGUAAUUGGCAGUUCAAGGUCAAGGCCGCACAGAUGUACAUACAAGGGAUGUGACAAGACAUACUUUAAAAGUUCACACCUGAAGGCUCAUUACAGAACACACACAGGAGAGAAGCCAUUCAUUUGUACAUGGAAAAGCUGUGACAGAAAAUUUGCCAGAUCUGAUGAGCUUUCCCGUCAUAGACGGACUCACACUGGCGAGAAAAACUUUGUGUGCCCUCUGUGUGAGAAACGUUUCAUUAGAAGUGAUCAUAUGUCAAAACAUUUAAGUUAGGCAUACCAGCAGCCCACGUCCAAAAUCAAAAGGAAAGAAAGGAUGUUGAACAAUCCAUGGAAGUUGUUAAUGAGAAAGUGGUUGAACAGUCCAUGGAAGUUGUUCGUGAGAAAGUGGUUGUUGAGCCAUUAGUUGAAAAGGACAGAGCAGUGGAUAUUUCAGAAGAUUCGCAUAUGUCGUGGUCGGCGGAAGCUUUGUGCAUGGAUCUGCACAGGCAGUCGCAGAUUAAGUUACAUAUAUAAGAUCAAUUUUUUACACCCGGUUAAUAACAUGUCAUAAAUAUAUAGUAUUUAUUUUUCAUGUUUAUGUGUAUUUUGUUUGAGAAAGCUUUUGGUUUGAAAACCAUUUUUUUGUUGUUUAUAAUUUGUUAAGCAAUUGUCUCUAAAACUGUGUAUUUUGACAAAGGAAAUGUGCAGUUGUAUAGUAUGGUUGUAUGAUUAUACAUGUAAAUUCACAUACGUGCAUAAUGUCCUGGUUGAAUAUUUUCAUGGAUACCAUAAUGAUAGAUUAUUUAUUUAAGAAAAGAUACAAAAAGUGCUAGGCAUUAUUUCACCUUUAACCUGCUGACCUUAAUAAAUUAACAUACCCAGUUUCCUGUUUUUGAAACUUACAAUUUUUGGAAUGCUAUGAUGAAUUGGCCAGCAAUAUAGAGCCUGGUCAGACUGCGUGGAUGUGCAGACUGGUCUGGCUCUAUACUGGUAGCAAAGACUUAUCAUUUUCAGUAGGUCAAAGGGUAAUGUUUCACACCUUUUAUACAUUUGUAGCAUUAUUCUUUUUAAGUCUACAUACAUACAGUAUUGCAUGCUAAAAAUAAUUAAAGACCCAAAUUAAAGGUAAUAUCAACUUGUUUUCCUCCUUAUCAAUUAGAAUGCUGGUAUUAAAUCACUAUUGUUAAAUUUUAGGAUAUAUACAUGUAUAUUUCUUAAUUAUGAAAAAUAUCUCUGAUACAUUUGUAAAUGAGCAAAACAUAUAUAAUGAUAUACAUAUUUGACAUACAAAUUACCCCUAGCUUUAUGUAACAUUAUAAAUGCAAAUCAUUCCAAAUUGUGUGUCCUUAAUAUUAUAUUCUUACAUAGUAUGUAUUAUUUUUGUAUAUUUUGUAAGCCUUGUUACAUAAAUUAUAAUUAUGUGUUUGUUAUUACAUUUUAAUUUAAGGUCUAAAGGGUAAAUACUUGAUACCAGAAUUUAAGUGUAUACUGAACGGUGCAAUACUAUUGAAUUUUGU